UAUAUAUAUUUCCAAAUUCGUACAAAUUCUCAUAUAUUCUUUUACAUUUCCAUUUCUUAUGAAUGCAUAAACUUCCAGAGUCCAUUAAUAAUACUUUUAACAUCGAAUAAUAUUUUUAAUUCAUCUACAACCAAGUAUCGUCCUGAAAAGAUCAACAUCCACUUCCAAUUACACCCCCACUUUAACUCUUUAAAAUUCAUAAAAUUCAAGCUGCUCAGAAGAACAGCGUCAACAACUUACCAACAACUUUUGACUUGUAUACAUUUCUAAUUCCACUUAUUGUACUUUUAGCGUUAGUUCGUAGUGUUGCCAAAUGAAUGAAAAACUUUAAAUAAAAUAGUAAAGCUAAGCAAAAGUUGGGAUACUUUUCAACCCACCUAACAUCAAAGAGUUAACACCGUCCAUCUUUCCACCAAUAGUUUCGCCACACGAGAACCCAAAGCAACCCCCGAAGCUCAACCCAGAAACCAUGUCGUGGGUGCCACCGGAUUUGGCCAGCCUCUGUACGCACGAUUCCAUGGUCUCCACUUGCCAGUCGUCCACGUUCGUGUUUCUGGCGUUCAUAGCUCGUUUGUUCAGCCAUUUGAAGGACUCGCGAUUCGUGUUCAACGACCACUGGCUCGGUCCGCCAUGGGAAUUACCGUUUGACGAACAACCGCAAUCUGAGCGUGUAAGACGCUUCCGCGAACGUCAGAAAAACAGGAUACGCGGUCGCGAUAUGAGGGACUUUCCGUUUCUGGAUGGUCCGACGUCGGGGAGAUCGUUGGCAAGCGUUUAUAGUUCACGGUUCGCGUGCGUCCCGAUUUUUUCGUCAGGUUUCAAGGAUGAAAGCGAAGAAAGUACGUCAGUUAAUGUCAGAAUGGCUGUGCCGGCCGUGAAUUUCGCUCAAGUUUACGGCCCUUAUCCACCAAUCGCUGGCCGAGCGAUUACAUCCACGUCUCAGGCUUACGAUGACUUUCUCGUUCCGAAAGCGAUACAACAAUUCCAUCCAAGUCUUCGUUCGAGUCAACAUGGAAACCUCGCUAAAAUUCAAAGCGUAAACACAUUUCCGUCCACGUCACGAGUCUUUGAGAGCAAAUUGAAAGUUCAAGAUCGCAAUCUGCCGACAGGGCAAAGUUUAACUGACAAUCCAGCAGCCGAACAAAAUUUCCUCGACGGAUCUUCCAUGUACAAUGCUUGGAAGCAACGACAUCAAACGGACUACUCCAAUUUUAAAAUAGUCGACGAUCCGAAUCUACCGUUCGGCAAUCCGAGGGGGCCACUCGACACUUUCAGCGCGAUCAAUUAUUAUCCAGAUGCUGCGAAUUUUCUAACGAAGGAGUACGAUUUUGUAAUCGUGGGAGCUGGAUCGGCUGGAUGCGUUCUCGCCAACAGGCUGAGCGAAAUAAAACACUGGAAGGUGUUGUUGUUAGAAGCUGGCAUAGAAGAACCAAUGGUAGCGGACAUUCCAGCACUCGCCACUAUGUUGCAAGCCAGCAAUAUCGAUUGGAUGUAUCGCACGCAGCCAGAGCAACACUCUUGUAGAUCGAGAAGAGGCAAAAGCUGCGGGUGGGCGAGGGGCAAAGUAAUGGGUGGUUCCAGUACAAUCAAUUACAUGAUGUACAUUCGUGGUAAUCCAAGAGAUUACGACGAAUGGGCCGACAAAGGGAACAAUGGUUGGAGCUACGGAGAAGUUUUACCAUACUUUUUGAAAUCUGAAAACAACGAGGAUCCAGAGAUCGUCAAAGAGAACCCCCACUACCACCAUCAAGGUGGCUAUCAAAACGUUGAGCGAUUCUCCUACAAUGACCCAAACACGGACAUCCUGAUGAGCGCGUGGCAGGAGCUAGGACACGAGCAGGUGGACGCCAACGCUGGCCGACAGCUAGGCGUGAUGAAGAUGCAGAUGACCUCGAUUCACGGAAUGCGUCAGAGCACCAACGGCGCGUUUAUCAGACCUAUCAGACGGAAACGGAAGAACCUGACCAUAGAGACCCAAGCCCACGUCACACGGAUUCUGAUAGACGCCGACACGAAACGCGCGAUGGGAGUAGAAUACGUCUCCACUGCCACAGGGUUCGCCAAAGUCGCGUUGGCAAGAAAGGAGGUGAUUCUAUCAGCGGGUGCUCUCAACUCGCCCAAGAUCCUGAUGCUCUCAGGCAUAGGCCCUACGGAAGAGCUGAAGAAACACGGGAUAGAAGUCGUGAGUGAUCUGCCUGUCGGCAGGAACCUCCAGGACCACGUGACCAUGGACGGUUUGAUUAUCGCUACCGACCUAACCUCCACGAGCAAGGACAACGAGGCGAAGAAGGAGGACGUCUUCCUUUAUCAGGAGACCCACUCUGGGCCUCUGUCAGCGACUGGAACUCUCGCCUGCGGAGUGUUCCUGCGAACUAUAUUCGAGCACUCGUUGGAUACGCCGGAUAUCCAGUACACCUUCGACGCCAGCAACGAGAUGGACUACCUCCUCGACCCUGCAGAGUACGUUGAAACAGCAGUGGAACCUCUGGCCUACUACGACGCCCUCAACAUUAGGCCUAUCCUGCUUUCACCCAAGAGUCGUGGAUUCUUGGUUUUAAACGACACCGACCCCUUGUGGGGCUCACCAUUGAUCUAUCCUAGAUAUUUCACCGCUUAUCCCGAUGCUGAUGUCCUUGUGGAGGGAGUACUAGCUGCACUGGAGUUGUUUCGUACGAGGUCUUUUCGAGAACAUGGACUGCGUUUGGUGGACGCGCCUCUGCCUGCUUGCAGACAGUUCGGUUUCGCGACCAGGGACUAUUGGAAGUGCGUGAUGAUGGAGUACACCGCCACGAUCUUUCACCCGGUCGGGACUUGCAAAAUGGGGCCCAAGUGGGAUAACGAGGCUGUCGUGGAUCCGAGACUGAGGGUUUACGGGGUGAAGGGACUUAGGGUGGUGGACGCAUCCGUGAUGCCGAAGAUCGUCAGGGGUAAUACUAAUGCGCCUACUAUCAUGAUCGCGGAGAAGGCUGGCGACAUGAUCAAAGAGGAGUGGUUGUACGAAUGAGGGUUGAGCGAAGUUUUCUAGAAAGACUGAUUAUUAGGAAUCUCGGAGUUUAUGCUGGACGGUAUGUGGGAAGCAUGCCACGUGGUUCAACAAGGAUGUUUUAUAUUCAUCGACGACAGAAAUGUUUUCUAUCUAACUAGGACAUCUUCAAGUACGAUCGAAAUUAUGUUAACCUAUAGGACUGAAUACAGAUGUGGUGUAAUGAAUGCAAACUGAAAUUUGAGAAAAGUAAAGUGGUACGAGAGACGUAGAUUUAGUAAAGUUAUUUCAUUGCGUGAAUUGGGAGACGUUGAAGGAUAUAUUUAUUUAAAAAAUAACUAAAUUUUAUUUCUUAUCAUUUUCGAAAGUUUCAACCAAUUUCAGAUAUGCAUUGCAGGAUCGUUUAUACGCCACACAAUAGUAAUAGACUCAUAGACUCAACAAAGACUCAUUUCUUCAAUAAGACAUACUUGAACAAAAAAUAAUGUACUGUACAAAGACUGAAAAAGUGAAAAAUUCACAUCGAUAUGCACUCACUGACACAAUGAAACAUCUAUUUCUAAUAAUCGAAUUUUUGAAAUCUCUGAGAACUAUUCUACGAGAAAUAAUCAAUUCCAAGUUCUUUACCUUUUAUUCGAUAUCUGAAAGGGCCUAGCCGAUUAGGAUGGUCAAAACUGCCCUUAGAGCUUUUUCAAUAGCUCUUGAAUUAUUCGAAAGCUGACCAAGAAAAAG